AUGUCAGGAAGAGGUGGAGUGUCAGGAGGAGGUGCAGUGACAGAAGGAGGUGCAGUGACAGGAGGAGGUGCAGUGACAGGAGGAGGUGCAGUGACAGGAGGAGGUGCAGUGUCAGGAGGAGGUGCAGUGACAGGAGGAGGUGCAGUGUCAGGAGGAGGUGCAGUGUCAGGAGGAGGUGCAGUGACAGGAGGAGGUGCAGUGACAGGAGGAGGUGCAGUGACAGGAGGAGGUGCUGUGACAGGAGGAGGUGCUGUGACAGGAGGAGGUGCUGUGUUGCAGGAUAACUGUGUGCGGACUCCGAACAGCGGUCAGGAAGACGCAGACGGAGACGGGAUCGGAGACCAGUGCGACGAGGACGCGGACGGAGACGGGAUCAAGAACGUGGAGGAUAACUGCCGCCUGGUCCCGAACAAAGACCAGCAGAACUCAGACUCGGACUCGUUCGGAGACGCCUGCGACAACUGUCCCACUGUCCCCAACUCGAGUCAGAGAGACACGGACAACAACGGCCAGGGGGACGCCUGCGACCAGGACACGGACGGGGACGGGAUCCCUAACGUUCUGGAUAACUGCCCGAAGGUUCCAAACCCGAUGCAGACGGACCGCGACCGAGACGGAGUCGGAGACGCAUGUGACAGCUGUCCUGAGGCCAGUGACCCCAUGCAGAACGAUGUGGACAACGAUCUGGUCGGAGACGCCUGUGACACCAACCAGGACACGGACGGGGACGGGCUGCAGGACUCUCGGGAUAACUGCCCGGACAUCGCAAACGCGGCGCAGCUGGACUCGGACAACGACGGCCUCGGAGACGACUGUGACCAUGACGACGACAACGACGGCGUUCUGGACGAUCAGGACAACUGCCGCCUCAUCCCCAACCCCCAGCAGAGGGAUCAGGACCUGGACGGCGUGGGUGAUGUCUGUGAGCUGGACUUUGACAACGACUCGGUCCUGGACUUCCUGGACGCGUGUCCUGAGAACGCUGAGGUCACUCUCACCGACUUCAGAGCGUUUCAAACUGUGGUCCUGGACCCAGAGGGGGACGCACAGAUAGACCCCAACUGGGUGGUCCUGAACCAGGGGAUGGAGAUCGUUCAGACCAUGAACAGUGACCCAGGACUCGCUGUCGGAUACACAGCGUUUAACGGCGUGGACUUUGAGGGCACGUUCCACGUCAACACGGUGACGGACGAUGACUACGCCGGCUUCAUCUUCGGAUACCAAGACUCCGCCUCCUUCUACGUUGUCAUGUGGAAACAGACGGAGCAGACGUACUGGCAAAGCGUGCCGUUCCGAGCUAACGCAGAGCCCGCGCUACAGCUAAAGGCGGUGAAGUCGGACACAGGACCAGGUGAGUACCUGAGGAACGCUCUGUGGCACACGGGCGACACAGCGGGUCAAGUGAAGCUGCUGUGGAGAGACCCACGGAACCAGGGCUGGAGAGACCGGACCUCCUACAGGUGGAACCUCAGCCACAGGCCACAAGUCGGAUACAUCAGGCUGCGUUUGUAUGAGGGGGCGGAGCUUGUAGCAGACAGUGGCGUGCUCCUGGACUCCUCGAUGAGAGGAGGUCGACUCGGUGUCUUCUGCUUCUCACAAGAAAACAUCAUCUGGUCCAAUCUGCGCUACCGCUGCAACGACACAGUUCCGGAGGAUUUCCAGACCCAUCGAAAACAAGUCCUGAUGCACAUUAAGAGCCUCCUGCCCCCACCUGCUGCACCUCCUCAAGAGGAGCCUCCUGCCCCCACCUGCUGCACCUCCUCAAGAAGAGCCUCCUGCCCCCACCUGCUGCACCUCCUCAAGAAGAGCCUCCUGCCCCCACCUGCUGCACUUCCUCAGGUAGAGCCUCCUCAGCAGUAG